UUCUCUCUCUAAAAUUGUCUUUACAUAGUCACACUCUUUUUCUUUUUUUAGUUAUAUAAAAUCCAUGACAAUGUUGGAGAGAAAAAGUCGGGUCAAUAUCCACUCAAAGCUGACGACGGUAUCCAGCAGGCCUGUCGGCCCGGGCAAGGCCCACCCGUUUACGGCGCUGGAUCACGCCAUGGGCCUCCACAGCCUGCACGUAGUCUUUUACUACAAGGCUAAUAUUUUCAAGGACUUUGACUUGGACCCGUCAAGGGUGUCUCUCUCGGACGCUCUUUCUCUGUACCCGCCGGUUACGGGUCGGAUCGUCCGGAACGGUGAUGGCAAUUGGGAAGUGAAUUGCAACGACGCGGGUGUUAGGAUUGUGAGGGCCAGUGUGGGGACCACGCUUGAUGAGUGGCUGAGAUCGGCUGACGGGGUUGAGGAAAAGGAUCUGGCGGUAUGGGAUGACAUGCCGGAGGACCCGAUUAACUGGUCACCUUUUAGGAUCCAGGUAAAUGAAUUCGAAGGUGGAGGAGUAGCCAUUGGGUUAAGCUGCACUCACAUGCAUGCAGACCCAACCUGCGCGACCCUACUCUACAAGUCCUGGAUCGACACACACCGAUCCCGAUCCGUCGUCCACCCGCCCGUGUUCUCCAGGUCCGUUAUCCAAGCCAGACCCGACCCAAACACCGAAACCAGCUCGGCCGCUUACUACGCCGCCAAGUCCGCCGCACGCGCGCCGCCAUCUGAAAAAAUGGCUACGGCCACCUUCAAAUUCUCCCACGCCGCCAUCAAGCGGCGCCUCAUGGAAAUCUCCGAGAAUUGCACUAGCGCCACUCCCUUCGACUUGCUAGCGGCACUCUUCUGGACACGUGUCGCGCGCCUGAAAGUGAAGGCGGAGGGAAAUGACUACAGCCACUCACUCUCGGUCUGUACGGACGCCAGGAUGGUGUCGAAGGAAAAUGGAAAACCGGUGCCGCUUGGCUACUACGGCAACGCCUUGCAUUUUUCGUUACUGUCUUUGGAACAAGUAGACGGCUGUGGGCUGGGACACGUGGUUAGAGAAGUCCAUUGCCACGUGGAGAGCAUCGAUGAAGAGUGGAUUCGAUCGUCUAUUGAUUGGCUAGAAUCGAGGAAGGGAGAGGGAGGGAAGUAUGGCCCACCAUUUAGGAUGUAUGGGCCUGAGCUAACUUGUAUCAGAAUGGACCACAUGAUCGGCCCAAGUGGACCGUUGACGUAUGAGGCUGGAUUUGGUGAGGAGGCCGAGCCCAUCCACGUGUCGUAUCACGUGAGGAGCGUGGAAGGUGAAGGGUUGAUCUUGGUGAUGCCUUCACCGGAAGGAGGACUGGCUAGGGCGGUGACGGUGACGUUACCGGAGAAGGAGUUGGCUGAGUUGUCUAAGGACGAAGCAAUAUUGGGCCUAGACCCAACAUUUCUCUUAAGUGGAAGUGUGAGAUACUAGCUUGUUUCCUUCUUCUCUUACUUUGCAACUAGGGUUGUAAGAAAUCACCCCGAACCCGAUGAAUCCGGCUGAACCGAGCCGACCUUACUAAAAAAUUAUGGGUUUACAAUUUUUUAUUUAAUUUUUAGUUUUAAUUAUGCCUAACCCGUACUGCGCUGGUAGGGGCGCAGGGUGGGGUUAUAUGAACCCGAGGUAACCCUACUCGGCCGAACAUGUUCAAAGUAGGUAAAACAAUGU